GGCGAGGAAGGUGGCGGCGGGGCUGCGGCCGAGAGCGAGAGACGCAAACAACUUUUUCGCAGCGAGUUGCAGGCACCGGCCCGUCGUGCAUGAACUGUAACCUGACACUGGAGCGAAGAGAAAGGGAGCGAAGCAGCGGAGGAGGAGGAGGAGAAGGAGAAGAAGCGGAGAAGAGGAAGCCCCGCCAAGGAGCCGCAGAGGGGGAUGGUGGUUGCCGCCGCCGCCGCCGCCUCCAGCCGCUCCUAGGGGCGUCCGGCACCCGGGCGAAGCCGGUAAUGGGCAGGAGGGAAGCCGCCUGAGCCUCCGGCGAACUUUUCCCCCACCUUCACGCCGGGCAGUCGGAGCGGAGCAGGCGGAUGGAGGAUGCGCUCUGCCCGGCGGGCUGUCUGAGCAGGAGGCGGCGGCGAAGGAAGCGACGGGGGCGCCGACGACGAUGAAGAAGCUGCUGCUUGCGCCGCCGCCGCCGCCGCCGUGCUACAGCGCGGGUUUCCCGGAGCCCCGUCCUCAUGUGGCCCCGCAGCCCACCGCGGGGGCUCCCGGGCAGGGAGCGGGCUGGCGGCGGAGGAGGCCCCUCUCGCUGCUGCCCUUCCUCUCCCUGCGCGACUACGGCUUCUGCAUGGCCGCCUUGCUGCUCUUCUGUCUGGGCUCCCUCUUCUACCAGCUCAACGGGGGCGCCCCUCGCUUUCUGCUGGACCUGAGGCACUAUCUGGGAAAUUCCACUUACUUGGAUGACCAUGGACCACCCCCUCGUAAGGUACUUCCAUUCCCUAGUCAAGUGGUGUAUAACAGGGUUGGAAAGUGUGGGAGUCGAACUGUGGUUUUGCUGUUGCGAAUUCUGUCUGAGAGACAUGGGUUCAACUUGGUUACAUCAGAUAUUCAUAAUAAAACCAGGCUGUCCAAGAAUGAACAGAUGGAAUUGAUUAAAAAUAUAAGCACUGCCGAACAGCCCUAUUUAUUCACUAGACAUGUUCACUUCCUCAAUUUCUCAAGGUUUGGAGGAGACCAACCAGUAUACAUCAAUAUUAUUAGAGAUCCCAUCAACCGUUUUUUAUCCAACUACUUCUUCCGCCGCUUUGGAGAUUGGAGAGGGGAGCAGAACCACAUGAUCCGCACCCCAAGCAUGAGACAAGAAGAGAGAUACUUAGAUAUUAACGUAUGCAUUCUGGAGAACUACCCUGAAUGUUCCAAUCCCAGGUUAUUUUAUAUUAUUCCAUAUUUUUGUGGACAGCAUCCAAGAUGCAGGGAGCCUGGGGAAUGGGCCCUUGAAAGAGCAAAAGUGAAUGUGAAUGAAAAUUUCCUACUUGUGGGGAUUCUGGAGGAAUUGGAGGAUGUGCUGCUUUUACUAGAAAGAUUUUUACCUCAUUAUUUCAAGGAUGUACUCAGUAUCUACAAAAACCCAGAACAUAGGAAACUCGGCAAUCUAACUGUGACAGUGAAAAAGACAGUCCCUUCUCCAGAAUCCCUUCAGAUCCUGUACCAGCGCAUGAGAUAUGAAUAUGAGUUUUACUACUACAUCAAAGAGCAGUUUCAUCUAUUAAAGCGCAAGUUUGGACUACGAUCUUCAAAUAGUAACUCUUCUCCUAGACUAGAAUUUGCCAUUCCUUCUCCUUUGGAAACUGAAGAGCCAGUAACAGAAGAUGAAGAGCAAGAUGAUGAGAAGUGGUUGGAAGAUAUCUAUAGAAGGUGAUACAAGCAUCACCUUCUCUACUGGCUGGAGCACCCAGAGUUUUCAUAAACUAUUAAGAAAAAUCCUUAAGGAAGUGAGUUACUGCACAACAGCAUUUAAAAGCAUUUCCCCCCAGGAUGAACUGAUUGUGAGACCUCUUUUUGAGAGGGUUUAUUUCUUUAAAUUUACAUUUAUAUUUGUUUCCCUUGAUCAUAGUAGCUAGGACAUACUUUUAAAUGUGCCAUUUCAUUACAAAUUACAUUGUCACUGUAAAAUAUUGCUGUAUAUGGUACCUAUUUGGCAGAGUGAUGUAGAUCACAGCAUAGGUCAUCUGCAGUUUUCUCAAAACCUGUUUUUCUUUGUUAGUACUGUAUUUAUACCGAAUAUUUUACAGUCACAUUUGAUCACUUGGAAUUAAGAGCAGGGUAUUGGAGGUUUGCAUUAUCAUCUGAACAGGGAAUACUGUUGUGCUAAAAGAAAGAAAUGCAUUGCCGCUACACUAACUAUGGAUACUAUUUAGGCUAUGUUUUCCCCAUAGAAAUUAAUAAGGGCAUUGUUGACAAACCAAGUGGAAUUGCAGGGGAAAUUAAGCUUAUCUUGUUAAAUGUGUGGGUACAUCAAAGUUCCAACACCUUUCAAAAUCGAUGAAAGUUAGGAGUGCAAAUGUUUGCAGAAUUUGGAGUUUCACUGAGGAAGCUAGGCAGCAGGGAAGGCACUUAACUUUACUUCAGGUUUUAGAAGGAGAAAUCCUCCUUAGCGUAUUAUUCCCAGUCCUUUUAUUACACAGAGACCCUAAAUGAGGGGAACACAAAUAGUCAGGCAACAUUUCAAAAAUGUGGGAUGUUCUAGUUGAAAGAACAUUCGUGUUAUGUCAUAAAUGCAUGAUUCGGUUCCAGCUGAGAGAGAUUCCUGCUGAAGUUAGAAGUCUCUGUUCAAUGUGCCUCAUAUCUUCUGGACUGUUGAAACUAAGAAGAUAUGAGGUGUAUUCCAUGAUGGAUUUAUUUAAGAGAUACGAAGAAAGUUUACUGCGUUCCUUACAGAGUGUCUUCCACUCUAACCCCUGCCCCUGUUUCACAGUAACAACUGUCUAGGCAUGGGCAGAUUCUCCUUUAACUUAAAGCAAGCAUGCUUCCAGAUGUUUUGGGACUACAAUUCCCAUCAUCCCAGACCACUGGUCCUGUUAGCUAGGGAUGAUGGGAGUUGUAGUCCCAAAAUAUCUGGGAGGGCCAAGUUUGGCCAUGCCUGACUUAAAGCAAAGGAGCAAGGAAUUACUGUUGUCUUUGUCAUACUCAAAUGUGUGCUGGCCAGAGUAGUACAGUAAGCAUCUCUGAUAGGGAGCUAGGAUGAAAUAGGAUGGAACAGGUUUCUUGGUUUAUCACAGGCACCCCCAAACCUUGGCCCUCCAGAUGUUUUGGCCUACAACUCCCAUGAUCCCUAGCUAAUAGGACCAGUGGUCAGGGAUGAUGGGAAUUGUAGUCCAAAACUUCUGGAGGGCCAAAGUUUGGGGAUGCCUGGUUUAUCAGGAGCUCUACUUCUUUUCUAGUGUUUUAUUUCUCAAAUUCCCUUCUCAGAGCUUGUGAGCAUCAACUAAUAUUGUAAAUCACCAUUAUCUAUUGCAUUCUGUUGUUUACUAUGCUACUAUCAGGAUUUGAACAAAAAUAAUUGUGUUAAGGCUCAAUGACAACAUGGAUGAAUUAUCUUGUUGCUAGUUAGGUCCUAAUAUUGUGGUUCCAAUGCACUACUCUGAAGGAACACAGUGGGAGCAAGAAAUACAGUAAAUAAUAAUUAACCAAGAUGCUGCAUUGUAUAUUAAGUGGUUUCUAUGAAAUUACAUUUAAAGAGUAAUGAUUAGUUUACACACUGUGGAUUUCUUUUCUUUUUUAAAAAAACAAAUUAAUAUUCACAUAUUGGGUUUCUUUUUUAUCUUUUUUUUUAAAAGAAAACAUCAGAUUUUAUCCGUGUCUCUAGAGUCCUGGGUCACUUAACAUGUUCACUUUCUCUGCAAUUUCACUGCUGCUUAAAUCUAUUUUUAUCGUUCUAUUUAAUAUUUUCUUCAUGAAUACUUUGCAAUGUUAAAAAGAACAGGCUGCCGGGUAAUUUACUUGCUAGGUUUCAGUGUUGUAUAUUUUUUGUACAAAGCAACUUGGCCUCUACUCCCAGAAAGGUACUUCAUAAAUUUAUUUGGCACAUAAGCUUUUAAGAUUCCUAACACAACAGGUCAUUUAUCUGUCAUGAAAUAGAUUUUAUAAUUUUACUUUAAAUGACUUAAAAGCACACUUUAAGUUUGUUAAUCGUUUGACUUAUUUAUUGUGACUUUUCAGCACAUUCCAAAUUCUAAGUUGCUCAGGAAACGAGUUCAUUUAAAUGAUUUUAUUUUGAUGGUUCUUUCUUUUUCUUUUUAGAAUGAAAUCACUGUUAUAAAGCCUUCAGCCCAUGACACCCUUUUAGGAAGCACCAUACUUGUUUGUUAAUCUCUGUGAGAGAGAAAAGGUCAGUUCAGGGCACAUGUGAAAAAAACAGAGCAUAUAUGUACAUUAGGUUAGAUGUAAAUGAAAGCAAACAGUGUUUGAAUUAAAUAUUCAUUAACUUAUUCACUGAUGUUUUGAUAUUAAACCAUAAGAGAUCCAUCUAAACUUUUUUAUGUUUAGUUCGCUAAUAUUUCCAUUUGGAGCCUGUGCUGUUCUUCACAAAACCAGUAAUCCUUCUGUGGGUUUUUUCCCCUGGAUGUAAAGGUUAAAGCAUUUUCCAUUUGAAUCGCCCUAGAAAAGAUUAUUUUAUAAAGCACUGUUUAUUGGUGAAGGCCACACUUACUUUAAGCAAGCUAUUUUGAGAUUACUAAGCUACACCUUGAAUUACUUUGAGACACAAGGCCCAAAAGCUAACCUUUUCUAAUUAUAUGAGAAAUACAGUGAAUAUUUGAAACUGCACUGGCAAUGUGCUUUAUUGCUGUUGUGGAAUAAUUUUUAAUGCAUAGUGGUAACAGCUUUGACCCAAGCAUUGCUUUUUACUAGUUAACAUAGACAUGGGUGUGGUGAUAUUUGAUACCCAGGCUCAAUGCUCCCCUUGUCCAUAGUUCUCAGGCAACUUGCUAAACUUUAAAGAAGUGUGUGCGUCAAACCACAAGCACACAAGAAAUAACAUGCUGUAAUGGUGGUAAAAUGGCUUUGAAUUCCAAAAUCACAUUAAUAAAUGGUACAUUUUGUUUAAUUUAUUUAUGAAGAGAUACAAUAGCAUUGCAGUUUUCCAAAAUGCACUCACUUUGUGAACCCAUGAAUGUCCUUGUUUCUUUUAAAGGUACAUCUGAUAUACUUUAGUUUAUAUGAGCGUCUUGAGUGCCACGUGGCUUUUGUGAUGAAUUGCAUUAAUUUGUGGUAGAAUUCGAUAACUCAGACCAGAAAUCAAAACUGUACUCUUUUAAGAUAAACAGGUUCCAACCAAUAAAAGCAGUUAAGACAGGCUUCCAGCGUUUUUUAAAAGAGUAAUACAUAUUCCUUUUUUGCAACCAGAAUCUACAUUGAAUUUAGGCUGGUACUGUUGCCUAUUGCCUACAAAAGUACAUUUGGAAAUAAUUGCCAUGAAAACUAAUAAAUGCCUGUAAUAUGCAAGGGUGAA